AUGUACCUGGUGAGAUAUGCCGAAGAAGAGCCCGACAUCGCCCUGCUCUCCAUCAACUCGUUCCAGAAAGACCUCAAAGGCCCCAACCAGUUUAUCAGGGCCAGCGCGUUGCGGGUAAUGACCAGUAUCCGAGUGGAAGUGGUGGUGCCGCUGAUGGUCUUGGCGGUGAAACAGACGGUGGCGGAUAUGUCGCCGUAUGUGCGUAAGGUGACGGCACACGCACUGCCGAAGAUCUACAACAUUGAUGAGGACCAGAAGGACGAGCUCAGUGACCUGAUAGAGAAGCUGCUGGCCGAUAGGGCUGUACUGGUGCUGGGCAGUGCGAUCUACGCCUUCGAGUCGGUG